UUUAACAGUAAUGAAUAUAGUUUUUCUAGUAAGAGUUCUUAAGCAUGUUCUUCCGGUCAGAGUUAAGUGUGUCAUUCAAUUGUUAUUAUGUUAGCGUAUACCAGGGUUUAAAUGCAAAAACUAUCGUUUUGAAAGCUAGGAGUAUUAGAUGUUUCAGAGAAAUAAAAGAAACAACAUAUAAUUUUGGGAAUGUCACUAUGUCGCAAAGAUCCAAGUUCAUUCAUUGUCUUGAAGGGAAAAAACAAGGAAAACUAAUUAAAAACAUACACUUCUUGAAUAAAGCAGCACAAAUACAUAUUAUAUAGAGAAAAAUCAGCAACAACAACACAAUACUGAGUCAAGUUAUAAUGUGAUAAGUACGAAGUAUUAAAUUGCUCAUAUGCCGGCCAUAUUCUGGGCUAAUAUUCGUAAUUGGAUAAAUUUCCCAAGAGUUACAUUAUUGUAAAUGUUAACAUAUUUCGUUAAGGCAGAAACAAUCCCAGUUCAUCUGCGGAGCAAAACUAUGAAACAUGCAUUCAAGUGCAUUUUUAUUCGGUCAUGUAAACUUCACUCCUUAACAGCGAAAAAUGCAGACAAAAACACCUGCAUGUUGUAUGUUUGACAAUAUUGAUAAUAACAGCAUCACUGGAUACGUUAACAGAUUUAAAAGAAAACUGUGAAUCUUGGAUACAGAAGUGUCGUUAAUUCUCAAAAUGCGUGAAUUCAGAUAUGAUGUUACUCUAAAUGUAUACGUUUCCAUGGUUUUCAUAUAACAGGAACUAUCAGCAAUGUUGUUAUGCAAAGUAUAAAUCGAUUGAAAUAGUACUAUGAGAAUUGCAAGCGGAUUAAUGAAGACACUUAAUAUGACUCGAUAAUAAUGCGUUGAAAAACACUCGAACACAUACCAGGCAACAUUGUGACAUUUACAUUGGUGGUUACAGUAAUAGUUAUAGUGCAUUAUAUGAAAGUUAUAUUUCCGUGUUGUUAUAGAUAAUACGUUCACAUAGAUGAGGAAAAUGAACUCAGCAGUUAUUCAGUUCUCGUGGGAGUAUGGUUGUGGUUAGUUUUUAAUACAGUUGUAUUUCAGUACUGGUUGUUAUAUUCGCCAAUGCAAACUAAAGUAUAUGGCAUCCAAAAUGAAAGUGAAGAAAAAAUGGACAUACUUAUGUUGCGGCAAAGUACCAACAAAAUUCAUUUUACUUAUGUUUUUAGCACUGACAAUAUACGUUUGUAUAAGCCUCGUAUCUUCCACAUCGAUGCUGUCUCUGAAAGUGGACAUGUUUAUAAAAAUGCGUGACAUUACAAUGGAUACCCGAUCUAAGAACAUAUCUGCUUAUAAUGAAACAGGUGCUCGUACAUUUGAAAUUGAUAAAGGACGCUCAAAACAACGCCUCAUCCCAAAUAUUGAUGAUACCAAUUUCAAUAACAGUUUUAAAAAAUUUGAUGGUAGCGCAAAACCAUCCUACAAUGUUAAUUUUAAUGAUGCCGUGAAUGGGCUACCGGUCAAAAUUCAAGACAAUCAAGAAAAUAAUUUACCUACAGUAUUAGAAUCUGACAGUAAAAGGAAAUAUACACUGAAAGAAAACAUAACUGAAAGCAAAGAACCAAUAGUGGAUAUUGUUGAAUCAAUGGUCAUCGACAGAAAUGAAACUUCGAGAUGGUUUGAACCUUACAGUGAGGAAAAUGAAGAGAAUAAAACUAGCAGUGGUGUUGACAUUUUCGGAAACACUGAGCAUGGGACGGACAAGAAACGAAAACUGAAUUGUGAUGAAUGCUUUCAACAUAACUUUAAUUAUUUGAUAGAAAACGAUAUAUGCAAACUUUACGACUCUGUACAGAUUAUAGACUUGGUUAUUCUCAUAACUACUAGUGCUAAAAAUACAAAAGCUAGGGCGGCUUUACGCGCAACAUGGUUAAGUUUCACAAGAAGAAAUACAGCAAAUAUCCGAUAUGCCUUUUUAUUAGGUGAAGAAAAAGAAAGUAGAUAUAGUGAAAAUGUUAUCAGGGAAAAUGACGCAUUUCAUGAUAUAAUAAAGGAGGAUUUUAUAGAUUCUUAUAUGAAUUUAACCUACAAAACAAUAAUGGGAUUUAAAUGGGCGGCCACGAAAUGUGCGCAUGCGCUGUUUGUUAUGAAAACAGAUGAUGAUAUGUUUGUUAACAUACCAAAUGUUCUGAAAAUUACCAAAGGUCCUCUAAGUGGCAUUUUACAGUCUGCUAUAGCGGGAUCAUGUAACCAGAAAGCGAAGCCAAUUAGAAACAGGAAAUCGAAGUGGUAUGCAUCAGUGGACAGUUACCCGCAACAAUUUUAUCCCGGAUUUUGUUCCGGGACAGGUUAUGUGACUAGUAUGAAUGUAGCGGCAAAAAUUUACCGAAUUUCUCCGAGCGUGCCAUUUUUUCAUUUAGAAGAUGUUUACGUUUCACUUUGUUUACGGAAAUUAGGUUUUAAACUUCAACGCGUGCCAGGAUUUAACGCAGGUCGCAGAAAAUUGGACCCAUGUUUAUUUAAAGGAAACAUACUAGUCACAGCUCAUCAGAUGUCACCAGUCAUGCUCCGCUUGAUUUGGAACAGGCGCUGUACGAGAUUACACUUUUAGAAGUUGUCUAGCGUUGGAAGUGUUGAUAUGAUAAUUUUCACUCAGUACUGUUUUUGUAUACUUUUUUUUACUUUCUUGAUAGAUAUGUUUAUGCUAAUGAUAUGUACGACAAAGGUUGAAAUUUUGUUAAUAAGAAUUCUCAAUUUAAA